AUGGCCGCGGCGGGCGUGGCCCCCGUGGAGCGGAUUGCCGUGUGCCGCGCACGUGCGGGGCACAUGGCGCAGACGGUGAUGCAGGGCCAGGCGCAGGGGUGUGUGCUGCGCACCGGGCGCAGGUCCAUCCGCCGGCGCCGGGCGACCAGCGCAGCCUCGGUGGCG